AUGGCGGAGGAGCGGCCCCCCCGGCUGGUGGAUUACUUCGUGAUAGCUGGGCUUGCAGGGAACGGAGCACCCAUCCCUGAGGAGACAUGGGUUCCCGAACCCAGUGGGCCCCUGCGCCCUCCCCGGCCAGCCGAGCCCAUCACGGACGUGGCAGUCAUUGCUAGAGCGCUGGGCGAGGAGGUGCCCCAGGGCUACACGUGCAUCCAGUCCUCCGCGGGGGGCCACCCCUUGGAACUCAGUGCUGGGCUCCUGGGUGGAACUCAGCCCGUCAUCUGCUACCGCAGGGGCCGUGACAAGCCCCCCCUCGUUGAGCUGGGGGUCCUGUAUGAGGGGAAGGAACGACCCAAGCCUGGCUUCCAAGUGCUGGACACAACACCAUACAGCCACUCGGCCAACCUGGCCCCUCCUGGCCCUGGGCACCCCCGCACCUACCUCACUUGCCGGCGGGCAGCAGAGGGGGCAGGGCUGCAUGCCCUGGGCAUCACUGACCUCUGCCUGGUGCUGCCCAGCAAGGGCGAGGGCACUCCUCAUACUUACUGCCGACUGCCCCGCAACCUUAACCCAGGCAUGUGGGGUCCAGCAGUGUACCUGUGCUACAAGGUGGGCCUGGCUAAGGCCAACACACUGGUAUACGAGGCAGAGCUGCUGGGCCGCUACCCAGAGGAGGACAAUGAGGCGUUCCCACUGCCCGAGUCCGUGCCUGUCUUCUGCCUGCCCAUGGGAGCCACUGUGGAGUGCUGGCCUGCCCAGACCAAGUACCCCGUGCCUGUCUUCUCUACCUUUGUGCUCACGGGCGCAGCUGGCGACAAGGUGUACGGUGCUGCCCUGCAGUUCUAUGAGGCUUUCCCGAGGGCCAGGCUGUCAGAGCGGCAAGCGCGGGCCCUGGGCCUCCUGAGCGCUGUGGAGCGGGGCCGGGCCCUGGGGGGCCGGGCCGUGCGCAGCCGGCGCGCCAUUGCUGUGCUGUCGCGCUGGCCUGCCUUCCCUGCCUUCCGCGCCUUCCUCACCUUCCUGUACCGCUACUCCGUCUCGGGCCCCCACCGCCUGCCCUUGGAAGCGCACAUCUCCCACUUCAUUCACAACGUCCCUUUCCCUUCCCCACAGAGACCCCGCAUCCUGGUGCAGAUGUCUCCGUAUGACAACCUGCUCCUCUGCCAGCCCGUGUCCUCACCCCUGCCGCUCAGCGGUGCCAGCUUCCUGCAGCUCCUGCAGAGCCUGGGCCCCGAGCUGGCCAUCACCCUGCUGCUGGCUGUGCUCACCGAGCACAAGCUCCUGGUCCAUUCGCUGCGGCCAGACCUGCUUACCAGCGUCUGUGAGGCGCUCGUCUCCAUGAUCUUCCCGCUGCAUUGGCAGUGUCCCUACAUCCCGCUCUGCCCACUGGUGCUGGCAGAUGUGUUGAGCGCCCCCGUGCCCUUCAUUGUGGGGAUCCACUCCAGCUACUUCGACCUGCACGACCCGCCUGCUGACGUCAUCUGCGUUGAUCUCGACACCAACACGCUCUUCCAGACGGAGGAAAAGAAGCCCCUCUCCCCUCGGACCCUGCCCCGCAGACCCUACAAGGUUCUGCUGGCUACACUGACAAACUUGUACCAGCAGCUGGAUCAGACAUACACUGGGCCCGAGGAGGAGGCGUCCUUGGAGUUCCUGCUGACGGACUACGAGGCUGUGUGCGGCCGCCGGGCCCGGCUGGAGCGUGAAGUCCAGGGAGCCUUUCUCCGCUUCAUGGCCUGUCUGCUCAAGGGCUACCGGGACUUCCUGCGCCCGCUCACCCAGGCCCCCUCGGAGGGGGCUCGAGAUGUCGACAACCUCUUCUUCCUGCAGGGCUUCCUCAAAUCCCGGGAGCGCUCCAGCCACAAGCUGUACUGCCAGGUCCUGCGCACACAGAUGUUCUCGCAGUUCAUUGAGGAGUGCUCCUUCGGCUCUGCUCGGCAUGCCGCCCUCGAGUUCUUUGACUCUUGUGUCGACAAGGUGCACCCGGAGCAGGAGAAGCCUGAGCCCACACCCUUGGUGGAGCUGGAGGACCUGUCGGGGAGUGAGCUCACCGUCUUUAUCACACCUCCCGAGGAGCCUCCAGUACCAGAGGGCAGUGAAUCCGCCCCCCAGUACUGCUACGAUGGGUUCCCAGAGCUGCGGGCUGAGCUGUUUGAGUCCCCACGGGAGCAGCCCGGGGCGCUGCCCGUGCCAGGGCCAUCCCGGAGCGCCCCCAGCAGCCCUGCCCCUCGCCGUACCAAACAGGAGAUGAAGGUGGCACAGCGGAUGGCGCAGAAGUCAGCAGCCGUGCCUGAGCUGUGGGCCCGGUGCCUGCUGGGGCACUGCUACGGGCUAUGGUUCCUGUGUCUGCCCGCCUACGUGCGCGCGGCGCCAUCCCGCGUGCAGGCACUGCACACGGCCUACCACGUGCUGCGCCAGAUGGAGAGCCGCAAGGUGGUGCUGCCCGAUGAGGUGUGUUACCGGGUGCUGAUGCAGCUGUGCUCCCAUUAUGGGCAGCCUGUGCUCUCCGUGCGGGUCAUGCUGGAGAUGAGGCGGGCGGGCGUCGUGCCCAACACCAUCACUUACGGCUAUUACAACAAGGCCGUGCUGGAAAGCAAGUGGCUGUCUGGUACACCGGGUGGGCGCCUGCGCUGGGCCAAGCUCCGGAACGUUGUCCUGGGGGCUGCUCAGUUCCGCCAGCCCUUGAGGGAACGGCGGCGGCAGCGGCAGCAGGCAGCAGUGCAAGAGGCGGGCAGCAGCCAGACAGAGCCCUGUCUGGAGCGUCGCUCCCCUACGCGCCCACUUCAGCGCCAGACUACUUGGGCCGGUCGAAGCUUCCGGGACCCAGCUUCACCCACGGGGCGCCUGGUGAAAAGCGGCAGUCUGGGCAGUGCCCGCGGGACACAGCCCACCGUGGAGGCUGGCGUGGCCCACAUGAUAUUUUUUUUUUUUUUUUUUUAGCCCCGGGGCUCACCUGUACCCUGGCGCGACGGGAGCCUCUUUUUUUUUUUUUUUUUUUGCGAGGAGCCGGCCCCCGGAGGCAGCCCAGAGGACUCAGGCUCAGCCCUGAGUGCCCAGUCCACUGAGACCCUGGAAGGGCCAAGUGGGCGGGCGCCCAAGGCGGGCGGGCGUCAGGAGGAGGCCAGCACCCCCAGACGGGGGCUGGGCGCCCGCCUGCAACAGCUGCUCACCCCUUCCCGCCGCUCCCCUGCCUCCCGCGUUCCCCCGCCUGAGCUGCCCCCUGACCUGCCUCCCCCUGCCCGCCGUAGCCCGAUGGACAGCCUCCUGCGCCCCCGGGAGCGGCCUGGAUCCACUGCCUCCGAGAGCUCAGCCUCUCUGGGCAGUGAGUGGGACCUCUCCGAGUCUUCCGUCAGCAGCCUUUUUUUUUUUUUUUUUUUUGAGCGCCUCAGUGACACCCCCGGGUCCUUGCAGCCGCCUUCCCUGGAGCUCCUGCCCUCCAGCUGUUCCUUGUGCCGCCUGUUUUUUUUUUUUUUUUUUUGUUCCUUGUGCCGUGCCUGUGACUCGCUGGUGUACGAUGAGUUUUUUUUUUUUUUUUUUUCGCCCGAUGACUCCAACCUCAACACAGUGUGCCCCUUCUGCUUUUUUUUUUUUUUUUUUUUGCUCAGUGUGCAGACCCUCGAUUCCCGACCCAGCCCCCAGCCUGCCCCUGCUGGUGCCAGUAACAGCAAAGAUGCUCCUAUCCCUGGGGGCCCAGGCCCUGUGCUCAGUGACCGCAGGCUCUGCCUUUUUUUUUUUUUUUUUUUGCUCUGCAAUGGGCACACGGGGGCUGCCUCCCGGCGGGUUGAGGGUGGGGCCUGGGCAUAUCUGAGCCCCCUGGUGCUGCGCAAGGAGCUGGAGUUUUUUUUUUUUUUUUUUUUCAGUGAGGUGCUGGCAUUACCUGAGCUGCCUGCUGCCCACCUUUUUUUUUUUUUUUUUUUUCUGUGGUAUUUCCAGCGGCUGCGCCUGCCCAGCAUUCUGCCAUGCCUGGUGCUGGCCUCCUGUGAUGGGUCCCCACCCCCCCAGGCCCCACCUCCUUGGCUGAUGCCUGACCCGGCAUCUGUGCAGGUGCGGCUGCUAUGGGACGUCCUGACCCCUGAUCCCAGUAGCUGCCCGCCUCUCUACGUGCUCUGGAGGGUUUCAGGCCAGAUCCCGCAACGGGUGGCAUGGCCAGGCCCCAUACCCGCGCCCCUCAGCCUGGACCUGCUGGAGGCCGUGUUGCGCCAUGUUUUUUUUUUUUUUUUUUUCAAGGCUGUAGGGCUCUUGCUGGAAACUUUAGGGCCGCCUCCCACUGGCCUGCACUUGCAGAGGGGCAUCUAUCGUUUUUUUUUUUUUUUUUUUAUGGCUGCUCUAGGCAAGGACCGUGUGGACAUAGUGGCCUUCGACAAGAAAUACAAGUCUGCCUUUAACAAGCUGGCCAGCAGCAUGGGCAAGGAGGAGCUGAGGCAGCGACGGUUUUUUUUUUUUUUUUUUUAGGCCAUUGAUUGCCGGAAAUGUUUUGGAGGAGCUGGAUGA